GUAUGUGUAGACCAAGGCUCACCGGGAGCUGGUCGAGUGUGUAAAGGGGGCCCCUGCCAGAGGAAGCAACGUAGGACCAGCGUGGGAAUAAAGGCAGGGGAUUAACACCCAAAACAGGGAUCGAGGUGCACGUCCGUUACUCCAGUCCACCGCCGUUAUAUUCAUUAAAAUGAUGCCCUCUGUUCGCCUAUCUCGCCCGGUGGUGACAAAGGUACCUCGACCGGGAAGGACAGUUUCGGUCGAAAAUUGUCAACUUCAAAAGGAGGAAGGCGUUCAGAUCAAACGUUCACCAUCCUCUCCUCAAGGUGGCGCCAAGAAAAGAUCUGCCUUUGGGGACAUCACAAAUGCUCAUAAAAAUAUUCAGCAGCAAAAAAAGAGGGAUGGGCAAAAAGUUGCAGUUAAGAAGACAAAAAAUGCCCAGAUUAGCGUAACUGCAAAGAACAAUGAGUUGAACCUCAAAAAGACCUCAAAGAAAAUCACAGCUGAGGCGCUGCAGCCAGAGGUGGUUAAAGAAGAAAAGGUGAUUGCUGCAGAAGUUAAAUUGCCACCAAAAGAGGUUGUGAAACAGAUCCUUCCCCCUGAUGUAGAAGAUAUCGAUAAAGAAUCAGCUGAUGACCCAUUUUCAACUUCUGAAUAUGCCAUGGAUAUAUUCACUUAUAUGCGUGAGAGAGAGGACAAAUUUGUGCUUCCUAAUUACUUGGAUAUGCAGACUGAUAUAAGUAAGGACAUGAGGGGCAUCUUGAUUGACUGGAUGGUGGAAGUGCAGGAGAACUUUGAGUUGAACCACGAGACGCUCUACUUGGCAGUGAAGAUGGUGGACCAUUACUUAGCAGUGUCUGUUGCUAUGAGGGAGAAGCUGCAACUGAUUGGUUCCACUGCUGUGCUCCUUGCUUCCAAAUUUGAGGAACGAUGUCCACCGUGUUUAGAUGACUUUCUUUACAUAUGUGAUGAUGCAUACAGACGAGAGGAGCUCGUAGCCAUGGAAAUGGAGAUCUUACAGAAACUCAACUUUGACAUAAACAUUCCAGUUCCUUAUCGUUUUCUGCGACGUUUUGCCAAGUGUGCUCAUAGUAACAUGGAGACUCUAACACUUGCACGUUACAUAUGUGAGCUCACACUACAGGAGUAUGACUUUGUGCAGGAGAGUGCAUCCAAACUGGCUGCCAGCUGCCUACUUCUUGCUCUGAAGAUGAAGGACUUGGGUGGAUGGACUUCUACUCUUCAGCAUUACAGCGGUUACCAGAAUGCUGAUUUAGUGCCGCUGGUGAAGAGGCUAAAUUUCCUACUCGCAUACCCACCAAAUGAUAAACUGAAAGCAGUAAAGAACAAAUACUCACACAAGGUCUUUUUUGAAGUGGCUAAACUGCCUCCUUUGGAUAUGCUUCAUUUAGAAGAAUUGCUUAAGAGUUAACAAUCAUCCUCCUAAUUUCCUUUUGUAUAUAGACUGUAAAUAUGUACUUUUUUAUAUAUAAGUAUUCAGUGUCCUUACUGCACCCCUUCGUGUACAGAUGUUUAUAUAAGCCCUGCAAGUGUUCCAAUUAAACUGGAACGGCAUUGAAAAUUAAAAUAUGCUGGACUUGGCUCUUUUCUAUCGUGCAGAUGCUCGUACGUUCUGCAGGUUCCCUGUGAGCUCAUUCAUAGUAAAUCUCAAAAUAUAUUGCAAUGAUUUACAUUUCUAAUUUUUAGCUGGGUUACUGAAAACAAAAUUGUAACUGUUUGCUAUAGUGUUUUCACAAUAUAAACUAAUUCUGUAAGCUUGGUUUAAUAA